AUGGCGCUGCUGGCGACGCUUCUAGCGGUGAGCGGGCUGCUGGGCUUCACGUGGUGGCUGCUGGCCCACUACAAAGACGCCAAAGUGCCGACGGUGGUGCACGCCGCCGUGUUCACGAGCUGGGCGCUGGGCUUCCUGGGGCUGCUGCUGCUGCCGAUGGACUUGGCCACCAAUGGACUCACUGCAAGCUCCCAAUCGAUUGGCGGCACUGCAGAGGACAAAGCCAACUUUAACGAGUAUCUGACGGGCUGGAGACUGCUGUACUGGCUCACGUUCAGCAUGAGCUGGGUGGGGCUGCCGUUCCUGGUGGAGUUCAGCCAGAACGGCGAGUUCGAGCUCGAGAAGCGCGUCAUCAGCUCACUGAGGCACUUGGUCUUCCAUUGGUCGGUGCUGGCUGGCGGGCUGUUCAUCGUGGCGCUGUACUUGAUUCUGGUGGACCACUUGUCGCUCUACGGAGUACUGGGGCUGGCGAUGGCGGCUAGCAACACGUACGGACUGCUGUGGGUCAUCGCGCUGCUGGGCUACGGACUCGUGGAGAUCCCGAGGAGCUGCUGGAUGCGACGUCUGGACGGUGCACAGCUUCAGAAACUGCACUUCCAGGCGGUGCAGCUGCAGGACGAGAGGAUGGAGGCUCGCUUCGAGUAUGACGAGGUGGUUGCCGACGUCCGAGAGGCCUAUCAGCGCAUGAUGCAGGCAGAAAGCGACGCGAUUAUUCUCACAGGCGAGAUGCAGUACGUCAAGACGUGCCUGCUGAAGGUUUUGGCGCUGGUGGAGAAGAGCAAGCCUGCGUUUAGCAGUCUGGACCCUGCUAACGAGGCGAAGCGAGCCAGCAAAUCGGCCUCGUUCACUGACGUUUCCAGUAAAAUGAAGCGAGCAUUUAGCGGUAUCGGUCGAGUCUCCGCUCGUAAAGCUCCGACACUGCCGGAAGUUGUACAGCUGCACCGUCGGGUGCGCAUUGCACAACUGGAACUGCGUCGGUGUGAUCAAGCCUUCCUGGAGCUCUGUAUCAACGUGGAUGUGCUGGAAGAUCGCAAUGCGCAGCGAGCGCUUUCGGCCGGAAGUUUGUAUCCAGAGACCUCAGCGCUCAACCGCCUGCACAAUUUGUUCCUAGAUACUCGCCACCAAAUUCGUCGCUGGGUCACAUCGCCAGUAGCUAUCGCCUGCGCUGUCAUUACUGGAUUCCUCUCGCUGUGUGUGGCGUGGGGUGAACUUACUAUGGGCUGGCACGGGUCGUCGCUCUCGCUGUUUCGCUUCUUGAUCGCAGCAGAGGCAGAGGAGACGAGCAGCAGUCUACGCAGCGCAACGGAGCUCGUAUCAGCCUUGUUGCUCGUGUAUCUCGCGUUGUGCUGCUACACAAGUCUCUUCACUCUGCGAUUGCCUGGGAAAUACGCACUUCGAGCUCACGGCAACUCGACGGAGCUGUGUCUACUCAAGACGUCAAUCCACCAGUGCCGACUGCAGUUCGCAUUGGGGCAGAAUGCUCUGCUCUUACUUCGUGGUGGAGGUCUCGCUGAGGGCACAGCUUUCAGUGCGCUGUUGGCGAACACGCGGGUAGUUCACCUGUUUGGGAGGGGAUUCGCUGUCUACGCCCCUCUCGCGAUGAUCGCGCUGGCUGUGUUCACGCUGACUAACGGAUACGCUCGAGUCAUGCGCCGGAUGGGUAUUGAACAGUACGAGCAAGUGAUUCCUGGUGAUCCUUCGCACGCUGCGUCGAUUGCUGAAGGAGAGCGACUUGUGCAGCAAGGACUGGAGCGAUUCCGCGUGCUGAUCUCCCGCAAGAAGAAGAUCUACGAGACGGGAGCCGCCGGAGGUGGAGCCUACGGUUUUGCCUCGGCCGAAGCUGGUACGCAAUCACUGUUGGAUGAUGACCAGGAGAGCUCGCAAGCGGGAAUCAACGAAGCUGUUUGA